AUGAAAGAGAAGUCAGGCCUGGUGAGCCAUCAGGAUGAAGAGAUCGCUUUCAUUGCAGCAAACUUUUCGUACAAGGAGUGCACGGUGUACGUAGAGGAUGAUAGUAAGAAGGGAUCAUGCCGCUGUGGGCUGCCCAGGGACGAACACAGCCCGGAAGUCUUGAAGAGGGAGGCGAGCAAAUGGUCAAUCACCCAUAUUGCUACGCACAAACCGACAUUUAUCUACGGAACGCACACAAUGCCAAAUGGACACCAGAUAAAGUUUCUUCGUUUGGCUGACAGUGAUGAUCCAACCAAGUUGCUAGAACUGAUGUGCAACUACUGGGAAAUGAAGAAUGACGCAGCUCUCACCCUGGUCCUCUCCCUAAUCACGAGCCCUUCAGGUGGAAUUCCGGAAGACGUGGAGGAGGGCUUGACGCACAGCGUGUGUGUAAACAGCUGCUGGAUCAUCUCUUCCGGUAUGGCACCGAUGGAGAAGCUGGAAGAGCUCGGCAGGAAACGGUUGAAUGAGAACCAUGGCAAGUUUCAUUACUGCAACAUCUGCAUCGAACCCUGGAGGCAGGAACUUCUCCAGCUGUGGCAGGGUCACUCCUCAGACUCCAAGGAGAUGACAAAAUUCAAGGCCUACACCCACUGCCUAUUCAUUGACAAUGGCCAGCAAAAGGAGUCUUCCGUGAGCGUUACCAACGAGUAUCAACACAGGCUGGAGGAACUCAUAAGAGAAGGUUUGUUGGAUACAGCAGAUUUUGACCUGCAAAUUUGA